AUGGAAGAAAAGCUUCGGCUCGUAGAUUUAAGCCUCGGCGUAGGGUUAUCUAAGCAAGGGAAUUUGACGGGGAUUGAACGUCGGUUGAAGGACUCGGUUGCGGAUGUUCACAACUGCAUCGGCAAAUGGAAUCAGCAAAAUGCGCGUGGGACCAGCGUUCUGAUGGAUCUGGGCAAUUUUCUCCUCUCAAGACAACCUGUGGGGGAUAUCAAAACCGUCGCACAGUUUCAGCAAGUUGCUCCCGAAAUCAGGAAACGACUGACAGAGCUGUCUGCUAUCGUGGAUAAAAUGGAAGCUUUGUCGGAUAAAAUGACAAUGAUAGCGUCUCAAAUGGAAGCCUUACGAGAUUUAGAGCUAUCCCAGUCGACGUCUGUCUGUGGUGACGGUUCCCCCCAGAUAUUCUUCUAUUCCUGGCCCGUGCAGUCUUUUGUGGACGCCUUUCGAAAAGUUGCGUCGGCAUAUGAAGCAGAGCUGCCCACGAAGCGCCGCGUCGUGUCGAGCGUGGCACACGGGUCGGAUCGCGACGCUCUGCUCCUGCACGUCUCAGUAUGGGGCUACGAUGGAUCUUUGUCGGGCGAGGUCAGGACGCUGGUGGACGCGAUGCUAUACGAAACGGGUCAUUACUCCUUGUAGGACGAACUCUUCGUUUAUUCCUCCGCCGUUGGCUCAAAACUACGAUGCCGUGUUGUUUGAACCUUAGCCAUGAAAUGAAUUAUGUUUUUGGGCGACAGGAAUGAAA